AUGGCGACCCUUGAGCAAGAGCUCCUGGCGGACUUCGCAGACAGUGGUGAUGAGGAUGUCCAGGAUCUGGAGAAUGACUUCGCCGAGGGUUCUGGCGACGACGAUGACAUGGUCGACGAGGAGGCGCAAUACCGCGAGAAGCAGCAGGACAAGGACAAAGAAAACAAGGGCCCGGCCGACAUUCGAUCCGCGCAGCAGCUCAAGACGAACCUGGACCCCGUCCUCAAGCGCAUCGAAGAGGCCAAGGACCAGAUGGACAUAGUCGAGGGCGAAUCGUUUGAGGAAUCUCCGGAAUACCAACUCCUCACAGAAGCCAACGAGUUCUCCACACAGAUCGAUGGCGAGACUGCUAGCGUCCACAAGUUCAUUCGCGACCACUAUUCGGCCUUCUUCCCCCAUUUGGAGGAUCUGAUCAAGAACCCUGUCGUCUACGCUAAAGCAUGUUUGGUCAUCGGCGGCGGACCUUUGUCAAGCAUCAAAGAUAUCAGCCCCAAGCUGAGGCAAAUCGAAGGAAUGGAACCUGCCCAGGUCAUGAUUGUCGAGAUUGAAGCCACGCGUGUCGAAGGAAGACUUCUUGAACAGACUGAACUCGACUUGGUUUCAAGCGCCUGCCAUCUGCUGCUCGAGCUGCACGCCGCUAAGUCUAAGAUUCUCGGUUUCGUUGAAUCCCGAACUGAGCUGUUCGCACCCAACCUUACCGCGCUCAUUGGAAGUUUGACUGCCGCCCAUCUUAUCUCAUACUCGGGCGGUAUCGCGAACCUAGCCAAGACUCCCGCUUGCAAUAUUGCACCUCUAGGUUCGACCAAAGUCUCGGGUGCUACUGUCGGACUUUCGAACAUGGGUCUGAGGCACGAGGGUUACCUGUACCACAGCGACAUUAUCCAGAACCAAAGGCCAGAUCUGAGGAAGCAGGCGCUACGUAUUGUGGCUGCUAAGGUCAUUCUCGCCGCACGUGUAGAUGCCCAUUCCAACACCGGCACUGCCGAUAUAGGUAUGGACCUGAGGAAAGAAUGCGAGCGGCGUCUAGACAAGCUGGUCGAAAUGCCAGCGAAUCAAAAGGCCGGAGGAAGGGCCCUUCCCGUACCUGAUGAGAAGCCGUCCCGCAAGAGAGGUGGAAGGCGAGCCCGCAAGGCCAAGGAAGCAACAGCAAUGACCGAGAUACGCAAGGCUCAAAACCGGAUGACUUUUGGCAAAGAAGAGAAGGAAGUCGGAUAUGGCGACUCCGUAGCAGGCAUGGGCAUGAUCGGAGCCACAGACACCGGACGACUCCGCGCGCAACAAAUCGACCCCAAGACCCGCGCCAAACUCAGCAAGAAGAACCCCGGCUGGGGCACAGACACCACUCUCGGUGCCGCUUCGUCUCUCAAGGGCUUUGGCGGAAGCGGUACGGCGACCAGUCUACGUGCCCAGGGCCUACGAACCGGUGGUGUGGGUCUUGGUGGUGCGGGAACGAACUCCAUCGCGUUCACACCUGUCCAAGGCCUCGAGUUGGUCGAUCCCAAGGCGCGAGAGGAAGCCAACCGUAAGAGGAAGGCAGACGAGGACAGGUGGUUCAAGGGUGGUUCAUUCACGCAGCUCAAUGGUAGCUCGAAGGUGGAUGCUGGUGGUUUCAAGGUGCCGGCGCUGCCGAACAAGAAGCCUAAGACGGAUACCUAG